GCAAUAGGCUGCUAUUCCCUGUGCAUGGAUUCUGUGCGGCAACUGCAAGCAAGCGAGUAUAGGAAGUGCGUUUCUAGUAGGGUUGAAGCAAAACUCUGUAGUUGAAGUAGCGAAUUUUGGCGUCGAUGUGGAUGAAUAUUACCAGCGGAUAAAUUACACAACCAUACCAUCGUAGUUGUGAGGUCGGGGUCGUACGAUAGGCUAGGCUGCAAGCAUCCCCGGCGCCAUCUGGGAGGGAGAGGUUGUGUAGUUUGCUAGUAUUGCCGGGUACGACACGGCGUGGGUUAGCUAAGGUGGGCCUUGGUAUCUGAUUGACCAGCCAGCUAGCAAUCUAGCGACUUCAAAUAAUAUAAAAUCAAGUGUUGACCAACACAUAUAACUUAUAUAUAUUUUUUGCUGUGAAUACCCAUUUGACAGCCUUCUGGGCGCAUCCUAAUAAGAAACUGAUUGGGACUAUCACGCGCACUACAGUAGCCAAAUGGCAGAUAACCUGAGUGAUGCGUUGAAGAAGCUGAAGCUAGCCUCAGCUGACAGCAGCACAGACAGUGUGGAGAGCUGCCUGGACUGCCUGCUCAAAGCACUGGCCCACAACAAUGCUGACGCCAGUGAGAAGAUCCAGGAGAUGGGCGUUCUCCCCCUGCUUCCCACCCUGCUGGCCCCACAGUCCUCCUGCACCCCCAAAGUAGCCAACAUCAUAGCCGAGGUGGCCAAAAAUGAGUUCAUGCGUAGCCCCUGUGUGGAGGCGGGCCUCAUCCCCCCCCUUGUGCAGCUGCUCCACUCCAAGGACCACGAGGUGCUGCUGCAGACAGGCCGUGCCCUAGGCAACAUCUGCUACGACAGCCAUGAGGGCAGGAGUGCAGUUGACCUGGCGGGAGGGGCUCAGAUAGUAGCUGGACACAUAAAGUCACUGUCCCAAAAUACUGACCCGGACAAUGCGAAGCUCUUGACUGUCUUUUGUGGCAUGCUGAUGAACUAUAGCAAUGAUAAUGACUCCUUGCAGGCCCAGCUGAUCAACAUGGGAGUGAUCCCCACCCUGGUGAAGUUGCUGGGCCUCCACUCUGACAACACAGCCCUCACAGAGAUGUGCCUCAUUGCCUUCGGAAACCUUGCCGAGCUCGAGUCCAGUAAGGAACAGUUUGCCUCCACGAACAUCGCCGAGGAGCUGGUGCGUCUGUUCCAGAGGCAAGCGGAGCACGAGAAGAAGGAGAUGAUCUUUGAGGUCCUGGCUCCACUCGCUGAGAACGAUGUGAUCAAGCUGCAGUUGGUGGAGGCCGGCCUGGUGGAGUGUCUGUUAGAUGUGGUAGUUCACACAGUGGACGGAGUGCGGGAGGAGGAUGUGGCGCAGCUCAAAACAGCCUCCGACCUCAUGGUGCUGCUGCUGCUGGGAGAUGAGUCCAUGCAGAAGCUGUUUGAGGGGGGCAAGGGCAGUGUGUUCCAGAGGGUCCUGUCCUGGGUGCCAUCCCACAACCACCAGCUGCAGCUGGCUGGGGCACUGGCCAUCGCCAACUUCGCUCGCAACGAUGGGAACUGCAUCCACAUGGUGGAAUCCGGCAUCGUUCAGAAGCUGCUGGAGCUGCUGGAUCGCCACGUGGACGAGGGCAACGUCACCGUGCAGCACGCCGCGCUCAGCGCCCUGCGCAACCUGGCCAUACCUGUGGUGAACAAGGCUAAGAUGCUGUCGGCAGGUGUGUCAGAUACGGUGUUGAAGUUCCUCCCGUCAGAGAUGCCUCCUGUCCAGUUCAAACUGCUGGGCACGUUACGCAUGCUCAUCGACACGCAAGCGGAUGCGGCAGACCAGCUGGGGACCAAUGGGAAGCUGGUGGAGCGUCUGGUAGAGUGGUGUGAGGCCAAGGACCACGCAGGGGUCAUGGGAGAGUCCAAUAGGCUGCUCUCAGCCCUCAUCCGCCACAGCAAGUCAAAGGACGUUGUAAAAACAGUCAUCCAGGGGGCAGGAGUGAAGCAUUUAGUAGUCAUGGCGACGAGUGAACACAUGAUCAUGCAGAACGAGGCGCUGGUGGCUCUGGGCCUCAUCGCCGGGUUGGACCUGGUGGGGGCCGAAAAGGACUUUGUUGGGGCUGGCCUGGUACAGGUGCUCCACAAGCUGCUGUCAGACGAGAUGAGUGCGCCGGAGGUCAAAUACAACUCCAUGGUCAUCAUCUGUGCGGUCAUGGGUUCAGAGCCUCUCCAUAAAGAAGUGCAGGGCCUGGCCUUCAUCGACGUGGUCUCCAAGCUGCGGUCGCACGAGAACAAAACGGUGUCCCACCAGGCGUCAAUCACAGAGCAGAGGCUAACGGCACAGAGCUAAAGGACUCUUAACGCCCACAAUCCCCCACUCCCCCCAAUGCCUGCCUCAUAGCCAAUCCCUGGCCCCCAUUCCUUUCUACACAACCUUCCUCCCUCUGUGUGUUUCCCAUCGUCACGUGCCAAGGUAUCCUGUCCCUUUGCCCCCGUCAACAGCCAGCUGUUCCAGCUAAAACGUACCCGCCCCCUCUGCCUUACAGCCUGCCUUUAGCCUGCCUUCCCACACUACCGC